ACGACUUUUAUCGACAAGUAAAAGUUAAGUUUACUUUAGCCAGAAACACAACGGUGGUGUGGCUUCAGUGCAGAGACCGACACCGCACACACUCUAAUGGCUGAGUGCGCCUUUCAGAUAUUUAUUCAACCACCCGACGAAUGCAUCCACAAAAUUCUUUGGUUGUGACACUGCUACGUACAAGAGGUGCGAAUCCUGUGCGUUAAAAUAUCGUUAGACAGGUAUGGAGGGAAACGAGUCCAAAGAGUGCGUGCACAAAGCUCAGCAGACAGAAUCUGACUCAAUAAUAAAAACGGAACAUGGGGAGGCGACACUGACAAGGAGACACUUGGGGGACCUCUCAGCGGGUAAAGUGACCAAUGGUUUCCCACCUCAUGAUAGAAAAGAAGGUCUGCUUAGCCCUGUGCGCUCCCCAGGCACCAGCUACUGGUGUGUGUCUGAGAGCCCAGACUCUCCUUUACUUCUGUCUCCUGUCCCAGGGCCAUCUACGCAAGAACCCCCUCCAGUAAAACCCACACCUGGACGAGACCACCGCCGCUAUUACCAUGAUUACUGGCGCAGAGAUUACCUCAUGGACUUUGACCUACAGAGACAGGGGAUGUUAUGUAUGGUGUGUGGCAGUUCACUGGCAACCCUGAAGUUGAGCACCAUCAAGAGGCACAUCAAACAGAAGCACCCGUACUCCCUGCUUUGGAGUGAGUCAGAUAAGGAGGUGAUCAGGUCUGGCUGGGACAGCCACUUGAGUCUGGUGAAUGGACAGAGGCCAGUAUGCCCUGAUACAGCCAUCGCUCAAGAAUCAGAAAAGAUGCUGGACUCUGAUCAGCCCACUGCAGGCAAACCUGAUGAUGCUGUCAGUCCAGCAGCUCAGCCCCCCGUCAGCACUCAGUCUGGGUUGAACAGGGUCACGCCCUCCCCUCCUGCGCCCUCGGUCCAAGAGCUACCAGUCCCUAAUGCUCAGGUGAUGGAGCGCUACCUAAACGACUCAUUGCACGCCUGGUUCCGCCAGGAGUUCCUUAUGGAAUACCAGGCAGAGGCAAGCCGUCUAGUAUGCAUGGUAUGCAGCUGUCCAUUGCCUUCGCUGCACUUGGAUCACAUCAAGAGCCACGUGCUGGAUCUGCACCCGAACUCUCUGCUGUACAGUGCUGAAGAAAAGCACUCCAUUCUGCAGACGUGGGCCAAGGCUAACGAACCUGACGCUUUACAAAUUGUCAAAUCGGAGCAAGAUACCAAAGAAGUAAAGAUAGAUGGUUCAGCCCCGUUUUUCCAUCUGGACACAAAUCCUAUCCAGGGAAACUUGGGAAGUUCCACGGGAGUAGCUGAGAAUCCACCAGACACUGCCCAGAUGGCACAGUCUGUACCUUUGCCCAGGAAGAGAAGAUUGAAAUAUGGCACCCCCUGGCGUCUCCGCCUGGAUUAUUUAGUGGCGUAUGGUCCUCCGGAUAAUCCACUCUGCUACUGUAUGGUGUGUUCUGAGCAUCUGCCUGUGCCAAGAGUCAGCAACUUCCGUAAGCACAUCCUGGCAUGCCAUCCACAAACAAAUGACCUCAGCCGAAUUGAGAGAGAUGCUGUGAUUAGCGCCUGGACAAAAGAGGAAAAUAUCGACUCUGCUCCAACGAUGGAGCAUGACCUACAGAGUGUCACUGUCACUGAGAAAGCCAUUGUUGACACACAAGUGUCACCUGGAAAAAUCACAGAGCAAGGAGGCAACGAAACCGAAGACAACAACAGCACAAACAUUACACCAUCAACACCGAUGGCUGGGCGGAACAGACACUACCCGGGUAAGGACCAGCGGCGUAAUUACCAGGCACGCUGGCGGGUGGACUUCCUGAUGGACUACAACUGCAGGAAGCAUGGAUUGAUCUGCAUGGUUUGUGGUGCUUCACUCGCUACGCUUAAGGUCAGCACCAUCAAAAGACACAUCCUACAGGUACACCCUCACUCCCUGGACUACGGCCCUGAGGAGAGGCAGCUGGUCCUGCUUAGCUACAAUCAGAUCUCCCUGCACUUUCAUUCUGAUGACUGUUUUUCAGGAUCAAACCUCAUCCAUAAAGAGAAUGCUCAUGAUAAUGAUUAUGAAAAUUUAAAUACUGGACAAACUUCAACCCAGAACAUACAUGAAAGAGAAGAAGUCAGGAUGAGUUUUUGACAUCUCGUUUUUGUUUUUGUUUCCUUCACUCAGGAAAUUUGCUGUGGGGUUAGACCAAUUUUGUUUGAAGGAUGUGACAUAGUAUGACAACAAUUGCACUUACUGUCUCUAAAAAAGUGAUUAAAAACAUCUGGAAUGUUCAAUAAGUUCUAAAAACUUUAUUUAUGGUAAACAUGAGACAGGAAACAUUUAAACAUCAACUUUAAAAAAGAAUCUGAAAUGUUCCCAAUAGCCGAUUUUGCUGAACUUUUAUGAUUUCUUUGGAAAAAAUGUCUUAUAUGCAUCUCUGUUUGUACAGCACAGACUGACAAUACUUUUGUUGAUGCAGCACACUUGAUAUUUUGCAUGAAGUCACGCAUUACAGUGGAAAACAUUAUUUUCUUAAUGUACCUAAAAGUGUACUGGGCACAGGCGUUUUGGCACUGUUGUAGAGACACUUGGUGCAAGGGGUGAAAAUUUACCUUAGAAAAACUUAGCUUGUGUUAUACCUAAUUUUUACCAAUCUGAAAUAAAAAUGAGCAAAACUAUUGAGAAAUAUGAUUUAUAAUAUUAAUGUUAAAUAAUAUAUAACUCAACUGGUUCAGU